UCCCUUUUUCCUUUUUCUUUUCUUUUUCGUUUUCCUUUCCUUUUCUUUUUUGGGCAGUCCACACCCUUCCACACACGCUCACCCCAAAACUAAACACCAAGAUCCUCUAACUUGUUUGGAUUGACUGAUGAAGACAUAAAGCCAGUUACGCUCCAUGUUUUUUGAGGUGGAGUGAGUGGUUUUUCUUCAUUUUUAAAUGGCCAAAUGACAACUUGACCCAGUUUGCUUUCCAAUCAAAGGGCAUUUUUUUUGAAUGUCUCUUUGUGGCGCAAGAGCCAACGCAAAAAUGAUGGCGGCUUACAAUGGCGGUACAUCUGCAGCAGCAGCAGGUCACCACCACCACCAUCACCACCACCUUCCACACCUCCCUCCUCCUCACCUUCACCACCACCACCACCCUCAACACCAUCUUCAUCCAGGGUCGGCUGCCGCUGUACACCCUGUACAGCAGCAUACUUCUUCGGCAGCUGCGGCAGCCGCAGCAGCGGCUGCAGCUGCAGCCAUGUUAAACCCUGGGCAACAACAGCCAUAUUUCCCAUCACCCGCACCGGGUCAGGCUCCUGGACCAGCUGCAGCAGCCCCAGCUCAGGUACAGGCUGCCGCAGCUGCUACAGUUAAGGCGCACCACCAUCAACACUCGCAUCAUCCACAACAGCAGCUGGAUAUUGAGCCGGAUAGACCUAUCGGAUAUGGAGCCUUUGGUGUUGUCUGGUCAGUAACAGAUCCAAGAGAUGGAAAGAGAGUAGCACUCAAAAAGAUGCCCAACGUCUUCCAGAAUCUGGUCUCUUGCAAAAGGGUCUUCCGGGAAUUGAAGAUGUUGUGUUUUUUUAAACAUGAUAAUGUACUCUCUGCCCUUGACAUACUCCAACCUCCACACAUUGACUAUUUUGAAGAAAUAUAUGUUGUCACAGAAUUGAUGCAGAGUGACCUACAUAAAAUUAUCGUCUCUCCUCAACCACUCAGCUCAGAUCAUGUCAAAGUUUUUCUUUAUCAGAUUUUGCGAGGUUUGAAAUAUCUCCAUUCAGCUGGCAUUUUACAUCGAGACAUUAAGCCAGGGAAUCUCCUUGUGAACAGCAACUGUGUUCUAAAGAUUUGUGAUUUUGGAUUGGCCAGAGUGGAGGAAUUAGAUGAAUCCCGUCAUAUGACUCAGGAAGUUGUCACUCAGUAUUAUCGGGCUCCGGAAAUCCUGAUGGGCAGUCGUCAUUACAGCAAUGCUAUUGACAUCUGGUCUGUCGGAUGUAUCUUUGCAGAACUACUAGGACGAAGAAUACUGUUUCAGGCACAAAGUCCAAUUCAGCAGCUGGAUUUGAUCACGGAUCUUUUGGGCACACCAUCGCUGGAAGCAAUGAGGACGGCUUGUGAAGGCGCUAAGGCGCACAUACUCAGGGGCCCUCAUAAACAGCCAUCUCUUCCUGUACUUUAUACCCUGUCUAGCCAGGCUACACAUGAAGCUGUUCAUCUCCUUUGCAGGAUGUUGGUCUUUGAUCCAUCCAAAAGAAUAUCCGCUAAGGAUGCCUUAGCCCACCCCUACCUAGAUGAAGGGCGACUACGAUAUCACACGUGUAUGUGUAAAUGUUGCUUUUCCACCUCUACUGGAAGAGUUUAUACCAGUGACUUUGAGCCCAUCACCAAUCCCAAAUUUGAUGACACUUUUGAGAAGAAUCUCAGUUCUGUUCGACAGGUUAAAGAAAUUAUUCACCAGUUCAUUUUGGAACAGCAGAAAGGAAACAGAGUGCCUCUCUGCAUCAACCCGCAGUCUGCUGCUUUUAAGAGCUUUAUUAGUUCCACUGUUGCCCAGCCAUCUGAGAUGCCCCCAUCUCCUCUGGUGUGGGAGUGACGGUGGACGAUAUUGUACUACUGAAGAUGUAAUGUAGCUUUCCACUGGAGUCUGGGAUUUGCAAUUCUGGAGGUUAAUCAUGCUUGUACUGUAAUUUUACUAAUGAAGUUUUAAAUUAACAACCACUACUUGUAUGAUAUGAAUAAUAUUUAGAAAUGUUACUAGACUUUUAAUCUUGUAAAGUGGUUGUGCUUUUAGAAGAAAAAUAUUUUACCCAGAGUUGCACAUGUUUUAUGAAUUUAGUGCAGCUGUUAUGGCUCACCUCAGAACAAAAAAGAAUUGAACCAAAUCGGGAUUUGGGGGUUUUGUGUUUUUGUUUUGUUUUCUUUUUCUUUUUU